CGCUUCGCGACCAUUAUGGAGGGCGCUCUGCUGGCAGCAUGGCCUUUGUUUACGCCUGGGGUCUGUUCUUGGCAUGGUACUCAUAUAAAGCUUAGUCCUAUUACCUCCCAUACUCUCCAUCCGGGUUUUGACAAUCCAGUCACAUCUUUAACUUUUUCUCUCCUUACAGCCAGUCUGUUGGACGUUUCUGUCUGUUGCUCCCAUUCGAUCCGUCUGAAUCAAAACUCAGAACUACUUGAAAACUCUAUCACGCUCUCAAGUACCCUUUCAGCGCGCUUUACUCCCGCAUCUAUCAUCGCAGGACGAUCUCUGUUAUUACCACCCAUUCAAUCUUUCUAAUCGUUUUUACAAUCAUGACUGCUACAUCCAGCCUUUCCGUCACUCUCGCUCAGGCUAUCGCCUACCUCACUCGUCCUCUCAUACUUACGCACCCUGCUGUGACCAUCAUCAGGCUUCAGCUCGCCCUUGAGGCAAACUUAACUGCACUCUUCGCCCCUACAUGGGUUCCCAAGGAACCCCUUCGUGGUUCUGGCCGGCGUUGCCUCACCCUCUCCCCUACUUGCCUCCCUCCACGUGCCAUCUAUGCCGCGUGCCUCGCAUCCGGUGUCCAGUGGUUCGACUGGAUUGCGGCGAUGGGCAGCCGUGAGUUCGACUUCUUUGUCGAUCCAGGAUGCAUCUCCGUGCGGUUCGGGAAGGGCACCAAGCUCAUCACGGUCUGGUCAGAGGAGAUGAUGGUUGAGACCAUGUCCAUGACGCACCAUACGCAUUUCAGCCAGCUGCCAUCCAAGUCUAAGACACUUGCCCAGCAGCUCGUGGAGAAUGACCGCUCAGAUGACGAAGAACUUUUCGCCUUGAUCGCUGACGAAGUCAGUGCGCCCACUUGGAUGACCCCUGUCCUUGAUCGCUUCCCUGCUCCUCCACGUUCUGAAUCACCGCUCUCUGCUAUAUCUACCGAUUCGUGCUCUAGCUAUCGCUCGUCCGACUCGGACUCCUGCUCCUCUGCGACGACCGCCUAUACCUUGUCCUCUAAGAGCGACUCGCAGUCAUCCCAACUCUCCCGUCGCGAGAGGGCCAGGCAGGCUCGUGUCUUUAUUGACACCUCCAAGACUGAAGUCACCCCUUACGACGGUGGCAAGACUACUGUCCUCACCGGUGGUGUGAUGCUAGGUGCACCUUGCAAAGGCAAGAGCAGCCAGUCUGCUCCUGCUUGGCGCCGUGUAUAAGCUUGCCUCCUUUGAUCACUUGAAGUUCCUUUACGAGAUCGGACUAUUUUGCCUGUACGCCUAUUCAUGCCCCCAAAAAACCACGAACAACAAUCCGGACAGUCUUCUACCAUACCACACCAUUUAACGUCUACCAUACCAUUUGCUUUGCAUUUAUUACUUUUGCUUUCGGAUCGAGUGUAGCAUUUUCAGACAUGGCUUUCAACUUUGCAGUUUUAUUUGCUAUCGAUUUCCUGUGCAUUCUAGGUACCAUAGCUUUCUUGUAAUUUUAUCACGAUAAGCGCCA